AGAAUCUUGAUGCCAGCCGGGAGCAGAGACUGAGCUGGACCACUGGAGCCUGGGGGCCCGGGGGUGAUGGCUCUGCAGCUCUGGGCCCUGACCCUCCUGGGCCUGCUGGGCACGGGCUCGGGGCUGCGGCCCCGGAAGCUGGACUCCUUCCAAAGCAAGACGGAGCUGAACCACCUGGUGGUGGACGAGGCGUCGGGCGUGGUGUACGUCGGGGCGGUGAACGCGCUCUACCAGCUGAGCGCCGACCUGCAGCUGGAGCAGAAGGUGGACACGGGCCCGGCCCUGGACAACAAGAAGUGCACGCCGCCCAUCGAGAUCAGCCAGUGCCAUGAGGCCGUGCCCACCGACAACGUCAACCAGCUGCUGCUGCUGGACCCGCCGGGCCAGCGCCUGGUGGAGUGCGGCAGCCUCUUCAAGGGCAUCUGCGCCCUGCGCGCCCUCAGCAACAUCUCCACGCGCCUCUUCUACGAGGACAGCAGCGGCGAGCGGUCCUUCGUGGCCAGCAACGACGAGAGCGGAACGGCACCCUCACGCACCUGCCUGCUGCCGCAGGCGUACCUGGCCCCCGACGGCAGCUCCGUGGAGUACGGCUCCAUCCUGGUGGAGAUCAACAAGAGGGUCAAGCAGGACCUGGUGCUGUCCGCCGACCAGGCCAGUUUGUACGCCAUGACCCAGGACAAGGCGUUCCGGCUUCCUGUGCAGGAGUGCUCGAGCUACCUCAACUGCAAACAGUGCCUCGGCUCCCGGGACCCCUACUGUGGCUGGUGCAUCGUCAAGGGGCGAUGCAGCAGGAAGGCCGAGUGCCCACGGGCCGAGGAGAGCGGGCACUGGCUGUGGAGCCGCGAGGAGUCCUGUGUGACCAUCACGGGGGCCCAGCCCCAGAACAUGAGCCGGCGGGCCCAGGGGGAGGUGCAGCUGACCGUCAGCCCGCUCCCGGCCCUGGGCGAGGACAAGCUGCUGUGCCUCUUCGGGGACUCUCCGGCACACCCUGCCCGCGUGGAGGGGGACGCCGUGGUGUGCAACUCCCCGAGCAACAUCCCCAGCACGCCGUCGGGCCAGGACCAUGUGGCCGUGGAGAUCCAGCUCAGGUUCAUGCACAGCGAUGUCUUCCUCACCUCCCACCAGUACCCCUUCUACGACUGCAGCGAGGCCAUGAAGCUGGAGAAGAACCUGCCGUGCAUCUCCUGUGCCAGCAACCGCUGGACCUGCCAGUGGCACAUGCGCUACCAUGAGUGUCGGGAGGCCUCGCCCAACCCUGAAGACGGCGUUGUGCCCGCUCACAUGGAGGACAGCUGCCCCCAGUUCCUGAACCCCAGCCCGCUGGUCAUCCCCAUGGACUACGAGACAGAUGUGACCUUCCAGGGCGAGAACCUGGACGCAGUGAAGGUCUCCUCCCUGCACGUGGGCAGUGACCUCCCCAAGUUCGAGGUGCUGGUGAACACGCAGGAGUCGGGAACCUUCCACUUUCGGACCCCGAAGCUGUCCCACGACGAGAACGAAACGCUGCCCCUGCACCUGUACGCCAAGUCCUACGGCAAAUACAUUGACAGCAAGCUCCAAGUGACCCUCUAUAACUGCUCCUUCGGCCGCAGCGACUGCAGCCUGUGCCUGGCCGCCGACCCCGCCUACAAGUGCGUGUGGUGUGGCGGGCAGGGCAGGUGUGUGUACGAGGCCCUCUCCUGCCCAACCCGGCUCUGCCCAUUUCAGAUCCAGCCGGAGACAGGCCCCCUGGGCGGCGGCAUUCGCGUCACGAUCCUCGGGUCGAAUCUGGGGGUCAGGGCGGACGACGUCAAGAGCGUCACCGUGGCUGGCAAGAUUUGCACCUUUGAGCCGGAACGGUACUCCGUGUCCACCAGGAUCGUGUGUGCCAUCGAGGCCGCGGAGGCGCCCUUCACGGGGGGCGUGGAGGUGGACAUCAACGGGAAGCGUGGCCACUCUCCACCCCACAUCCAGUUCACCUACCAGGAGCCCCAGCCCCUCAGCGUGGAGCCGAGGGAGGGGCCGCAGGCAGGCGGCACCACGCUGGCCAUCAACGGCACCAACCUGGACACGGGCUCUAAGGAAGACGUGCGCGUGACCAUUGGUGGUGUCCCUUGCAAUGUGACGCAGUUUGGGGCGCAGCUCCAGUGUGUCACGGGCCCCCAGGCAGCCCCGGGGCAGCUGUCCUUGGAGAUCUACUACGGGGGCUCACUGGUGCCCAGCUCCGGGAUCACCUUCACCUACCGCGAGAACCCCGUGCUGCGGGCCUUCGAGCCCCUGCGAAGCUUCGCCAGUGGCGGCCGCAGCAUCAACGUGACCGGGCAGGGCUUCGGCCUGAUCCAGAACUUCUCCAUGGUGGUCAUCGCCGAGCCUCUGCAGGAGGGGCCUGUCCCCGUGGCCUGACAGACAGCCCUCGGCCUGCAGAUCGUGGGCACGGAGUACACGCGCCACAACGACUCCAGGGUUGUGUUCCUGUCCCCGGCCGUGCCCGAGGACCCCGAGGCCUACAACCUCACGGCGCUCAUUCAGAUGGACGGGCACCGUGUCCUGCUCAGGACCGAGGCCGGGGCCUUUGAGUACGUGGCCGAUCCCACCUUCAAGAACUUCACCGGGGGCGUCAAGAAGCAGGUCAACAAGCUCAUCCACGCCCAGGGCACCAACCUGAACAAGGCGAUGACGCUGCAUGAGGCCGAGGCCUUCGUGGGGGCGGAGCGCUGCGUCAUGAAGACGCUGACCGAGACCGACCUGUACUGCGAGCCCCCGGAGGUGCAGCCGCCCCCGAAGCGGCGGCAGAAGCGAGACACCACACUCAACCUGCCCGAGUUCAUUGUGAAGUUCGGCUCCCGGGAGUGGGUGCUGGGCCGCGUGGAGUAUGACAGUCGUGUGAGCGAGGUGCCGCUCAGCGUCAUCCUGCCGCUGGUCAUGGUGCCCAUGGUCAUCAUCAUCGUCCUGUCUGUCUACUGCUACUGGGUCACCGGCGCUGUCCCCCCAGACCUGAUGAUCGAGAUGGAGGACCAGACGAAUGACGUGCACGAGGCCGGCAUCCCGGUGCUGGACUACAAGACCUACACGGACCGCGUCUUCUUCCUGCCGUCCAAGGACGGCGACAAGGACGUGAUGAUCACGGGCAAGCUGGACAUCCCCGAGUCGCGGCGGCCCGUGGUGGAGCAGGCGCUGUACCAGUUCUCCAACCUGCUCAACAGCAAGUCCUUCCUCAUCAACGUGAGUGGCGGGGCGGCCAUGGGGGGCGGUUGGGCGGGACGGCCGGUGGAAGCGCGUCAACACGCUCAUGCACUACAGCCAGCCGGCCGGCAGGCAGGCACUACAGGGCCCCUGGGUACCAGGCCUGUCUGCACCCCCAGGUCAGAGACGGUGGUGGAGAGGAUGCUGUCCAACUGGAUGUCCAUCUGCCUGUACCAGUACCUCAAGGACAGCGCCGGCGAGCCUCUCUACAAGCUCUUCAAGGCCAUCAAGCACCAGGUGGAGAAGGGCCCGGUGGACGCCGUGCAGAAGAAGGCCAAGUACACCCUCAACGACACGGGGCUGCUGGGGGACGACGUGGAGUAUGCGCCCCUGACGGUGAGCGUGAUCGUCCAGGACGAAGGAGUGGACGCCAUCCCCGUCAAGGUGCUCAACUGCGACACCAUCUCCCAGGUCAAGGAGAAGAUCAUCGACCAGGUGUACCGCACGCAGCCGUGCUCCCGCUGGCCCAAGGCGGACAGCGUGGUCCUGGGUGAGCCCUCUGCCCUGGGGGUCCGGGACGGAGCCACGCUCAUCCUGUCCAAAGUGGGGGUCUCGCAGCAGCCGGAGGACAGCCAGCAGGACCUGCCUGGGGAGCGUGAGUCCCUUCCUCGUGCCUGUUUUUUGUUGUUUUUUAACGUAGCCCCUCACCCGUUCUCGCUCUGCCGCAGUUUACCGCUCCGGUUCUGGGUGAACAUCCUCAAGAACCCCCACUUCAUCUUUGACGUGCACGUCCACGAGGUGGUCGACGCCUCGCUGUCCGUCAUCGCGCAGACCUUCAUGGACGCCUGCACGCGCACGGAGCACAAGCUGAGCCGGGACUCGCCCAGCAACAAGCUGCUCUACGCCAAGGAGAUCUCUACCUACAAGAAGAUGGUGGAGGAUUACUACAAGGGGAUCAGACAGAUGGUGCAGGUCAGCGACCAGGACAUGAACACACACCUGGCGGAGAUUUCCCGGGCGCACACGGACUCCCUGAACACCCUCGUGGCCCUGCACCAGCUCUACCAGUACACGCAGAAGUACUACGACGAGAUCAUCAACGCCCUGGAGGAGGACCCUGCCGCCCAGAAGAUGCAGCUGGCCUACCGCCUGCAGCAGAUCGCCGCGGCCCUCGAGAACAAGGUCACUGACCUCUGACCUCCGGCACCCCGGUCCCGAGGCACAGGUGUGUGAUGCCCAGUGCCGGCACUGGGCGGCCCCUGGGGAAGGAGGCCGAAGCCAGCGGUGGGCCAGCCCUCCUCUCUCC